CUCAAAAUCCCCCUUUCCUCGCCCACGGCGCUCCUUGCCUCCCUUUCACCCUCCUUCCGAAAAAUCCCCAGUUAUAUCCACCGAUGGAGGCUGGGCGGCGGACGGCGGUGGUGGAGGCGUGGACGCCGCCCUACUGCACGGUGGUGGGCGUGGACACGAGCGGCGGCUUCUGGUACCGCGCCUGCUCCAACUGCGAGCGGACCCUACCCGACGACCACCGCAACCCGAAUUCCAACCCCACCUGCCGCCUCUGCAGCCAAAGAACUUUCGCCCCUCCCUCUAAGCGCCUCUACCGCCUCCUCGUGUCGAUUGCUACGGUGGAUAAGGUCAUGGUGGUGGUGUGCUUCGACCGGGCGGCGCGGGUUCUGAUGGGGUGCUCCGCCGACGAGUUCGUGGACUUCUGUAGGGCCCACCCCUUGGCGGCGGAGAAGGCGGCGGAGGUGCUGGAGGGGGAGAUGUGCCGGAUGACGCUGAGUCCCUCGAAGAAGGGCAACGCCGAGCACCUCCGGGUGGCCGCCGUGGAGCCGCUCCGGACUGGGUUCCGGCCGGUCAUCGAGACGCUGAGGAAAAUGUAUGGCGUCGGUACUUCAAAGACCAAAUCUUGAAAACUAUUUUUGCUGUGAUGGCUGUUUUGUUCUCUGCAAAGUAAUGCGGCCUAGUUAUACAAUGUAUUUUUCAGGAGACUCUUUCUUCUCCAACUCGCUUUCUUUCAUGAACAAGCAUAUAACCUGCGCGAUUCGCAGGAUGGGAUUUAUGCUCUUCUUAUUUCACUCCUUUGAAG